AUGACUAGUGGUUGUGGUAUUACCGAGGAAUACGAGGUUCAUGUGACUAAUAGGCUUCCAAGUCCGCAGCUAAGGUUGCACUGUGCAUCUAAAAAUGACGACCUUGGAUAUCACAAUAUAGAUCGUGAUUAUGAUUUCAACUGGAGAUUUUGCGAGAAUUGGACGGGCAAUACUUUGUUCUUUUGUCAUCUCUGGUGGAAUAAUAAUGAUGUUGCUUUUGAUGUGUUUAAGUCCCAUGAUGAUAACCCGUGUCUCCAUGGUAAAUGCUAUUGGGAAGCACGGACUGAUGGUAUCUAUUUCUCGGGCGGUCAAACCCCGAGUGAUUUCCAGAAGAAAUACGACUGGAAUAAAAGUUAA